UUGGCUGAUGUUUUUGUGGCACCUUUAAAAUAAAAUAUGUAAAGACUCCCUUUAUAUGAAAAGUCGAAGCUGCACAAUAAAAUCACUUCAUUCAGUAUCAUAAUAAAAUUUGUUUAUCUGGUACAGGAAAACCCUAAAACCCACAAUAUCUGUUGUGGGUUUUCUCAGCAUCUUUAGUCGGGAAAAAACAGAAAACUGCGUCUACUUUUCUGCGGCGAAAUUUUAAAUUAAAAGCAAACUUUGCUCAUCAGCCUGAGGAGUGUGGAAUGCGGCACAAGAGGUGUUGCUGCGAUUUGGCAUACAUCUAUUUUUGCGCUGCUUGUUUUUGGUCCUUACUCCAUCAUAAAGCAUCAAAUGUCAGCAGCAGUCGCAUCGCAGUCAACAGCAACGCACAAUUUCAAAGUUUGAAUUGAGUUGCGUCUGGACGCCGCGUUCCCCAGGAGUUCUAUAUGUUUGUCUAGCAGUUCCAUUUGCUAUAGUCGAGGCUGGUCCCCAGGUUCUGGGUUCCCGGGGGAUCCACAUCAGCGGACUGAGACGAAGAAAACAACAAUGAGUUGGGACCUUGGCGCCCUUGUAUGAUUCAUUCAAGCUCUCGCUUAUCCACCAACUCCAGCAUGUGGAUCACAAGGUUCCCUCCUAUUUAGUUAUAUUUGCCACUCCGUUAAUCGCGCGUCGCUUGCAACAUGGAUGAUUUUAAAGUACUCACAAUUGUAUAUAUCUCGCAAAUCAAUCCGCUCUGGCUGAUUCCCUCCGUUGUCAUUAUGGCCCUUACGUUGGUUUGCUAUUGUUAUCACUGCCAUCAGUGCAUCCGCGAUCGCCGAACAGCUCGCAUCGAGGACCAGAAAGCCCUGUUGCCACUGCCACUCAGUCGGCUUUCGAUCAUUCCCGGAUACAACGAAGUGGCCAGCACGAAACUGACGCACAGCCGGAACAGCGUGGACAUCUAUUAG